CAUACUUUUGUUGCCAUUCUAGUCCAGUUUUAAGUCUACUGUCUUCCUUUUCUUUCCAUGGUUUGGCUAUAAAGAUACUCACUGCAAAUUGAAAAGCACAUUAUUCUAUCUGAAUCACCAUUGAUGCCAUGAGUGACAAAGUGAAAGUUUAAGGAAGAAGAAACUCAGUAAAAGCAUAGCACUGCAAUAUUUUAUAGCCAUCUGCUGCCAAAAGGAGAUAUUUUAUGCGCAUACUUUAAUAGGUCACUCAGCUCUUGGUUUAGUGUGAAGGUUUCUUCCACUGCUUUUGGCUUCUUCUGGAGCCUUCAAGCUUACUAGGUCCUCCAACUCUGCUGCUUGGGUCAUUGUAACAGGAGAACCAUCACCUGAACUCAAGAGUCCCAGAAGAAAAAAAAUAGAAGAUCAAGAGGAAAGUAAAGAUGAACUGAAACUGAAGAGGCAAUGCCACCCUGUACGACUCCAAAUACUACUGAACUUGUGAUGAUCAUGGAUGUGGAGAGUAUUCUUCACAUGAAGGAAGGGCUGGGUGAGACAAGCUAUUCCCAAAAUUCUUCCCUUCAGAAGAAGAGUAUGGAGGCCAUGAAGCAUUUCAUAAUAGACUCAGCAUUAGCUGCCUAUGCCUUUAAGACACCAGAAAUCUUCACAAUUGCUGAUCUUGGUUGCUCCUCAGGGAUAAAUUCUCUAUAUCUAGCUGAAGAAAUUAUCAAGGCCAUUCAUGAGAGAUCUCGGCAGUUAGCGAGGCUGGCACCAGAGUUUCUGGUGUUCCUUAAUGACCUUCCAACCAAUGACUUCAAUGCCAUGUUUCUGAGCUUUCCAGAGUUCAAUAUGAAGUUCAAAGCAGGCAUUGAGUUGCAAGGGGGCAGUGCUCCAUCUGUAUAUUUAGCUGGAAUUCCUGGGUCUUUCUAUAGCAGGCUUUUUCCAGGCAAUAGUCUUGAUUUCAUCUCCUCUUGCUAUAGCUUGCACUGGCUUUCCCAGGUUCCUGUGGGGCUUCUUGACAGUGAUUGCAAGCCAAUUAAUAAGGGGAACAUGUACAUAUCUAACACAAGCCCCCCUGCUGUUUCUUUAGCAUACUUCAAGCAGUUCCAGAAAGAUUUCAGCCUCUUUCUUAAGUCAAGAUCUGUAGAGCUACAUUUCGAGGGACGAAUCGUCAUUUUGAUGUUGGGAAGAAGAACUGAAGAUCACAGUGAUAAGAGCACAACAGUUUUAUGGGAACUUUUAGACCAGUCACUGGCAAUUAUGGUCUCACAAGAGACAAUUGAUGAAGAGAAGGUUGACGCAUACAAUGUUCCAUUUUAUGCUCCAUCAGCGAAGGAGAUCGAAGACGAAGUACACAGAGAAGGAUCAUUUGUGAUCGACUGUAUACAAGCUUAUGAGCUGAGCACAAGAACAGGAGAUCCUAAGGAGGAUGCGAGAAUCAUAUCGAUGGCCAUUAGAGCCAUACAAGAAUCAAUGAUCAGCCACCACUUUGGAGAGGCAAUUAUAGACACUUUGUUCCAAAUUUACAAUGGACUGCUCAGUGAAUUCAUGGUUAAAGAAGAAAUAAAAAGUUCUCACCUACUGGUAAUUCUAAGAAAGUCAUGUUAAAUUAAGCAUAUGUCAAAGACCAGAGCUGCAAUUUUAGAGAUCACAUGCUAGAUUGAGCAUGCAAGCAAAAGAAAUUAUCUUUUACUACUGUCUAUGAGCUGCAAAUUGUGUUAGGUGGCAUAUGGAGUUUUCAAUAUUGCGCUAUGCAGAAAGAACAUGGAAAGGGAGAACCAUACUAAAAAUUAUGAGGAGAAAGAAGCCGAAAGAGAACCAAAACAAGGUUGGAGGAGCUAUCUUAGCUCUUCCUUUAUUCUGAGAAAAGGUGAUCCUUGAUUAUGUACUAAAGGCUUCCUUUCUUUUUCUUGCACAAUUAGGCUGCCUCGCUUAAUUUUUUCUGAUGGGCCAGCAGGAAUGAAACUCAGGAAUUAGAGAAGUUUCUUGCAACUCAAAGUGUAAGCAUGUAGAAGUGGAAAUGAGGGAAGGAGUACAAGUUUAAUCGUGAUCCUUGCUGUAAGCUCAGCUGAAAAUGUAUUAGAUUGUCAAUCGUGACUACAACAUGGAAUUGAACAUGGCUAACGGCCUCAAAUGGAAGACAUUUAUACAUAAACAUGUAUACACCUUAACAAAAAUAUUCUUCGUCAAAAGGGUUUGAUGGA